UAUAAAUACUCUGUUGUCAUCACUUUUUCUUUCCCACAAUAACCAAACGCUAUUAAUUAUCCCUAGCAUGGAGGUCGAGAGGGUGCAAGCUAUUGCCACCUUAUCCAUGAACACCGGCUCGAUUCCGGCAGAGUUUAUUCGGCCGGAGAAAGAGCAGCCGGCCAUGACCACGUUUCAUGGUCCUGUGCCUGACAUACCCACCAUUGAUCUCAGCCAUCCUGACCAGGACCAUCUGGUGGAGUUGAUCUCUAGGGCAAGCCAGGAGUGGGGUCUGUUCCAGGUGGUGAACCAUGGUAUCCCCAGUGACUUGCUGCAAAAGUUGCGCAGUGUUGGCAGAGACUUCUUUGAACUCCCCCAGCAGGAGAAGGAGAAGUACGCCAAGCCACCUCAAGGCUUCGAAGGCUAUGGAACCAUGCUUCAGAAAGAUGCCCACGGAAAGAAAGCCUGGGUCGAUCAUCUUUUUCACCUUAUAUGGCCUCCCUCCAAAAUCAACUACCAGUUUUGGCCCAAGAACCCUCCAUCUUACAGGGAGGUGAACGAAGAGUAUGCAAAACAUGUGAGAGAAGUGGGAGACAGGCUUUUCAAGUACCUGUCAUUGGGGUUGGGGUUGGAAGAGAAUGCGAUGAAGGAGGGGGUGGGGGGAGAAGAGCUGGAGUACAUGAUGAAGAUAAACUAUUAUCCGCCGUGUCCUCGGCCGGAUCUGGCUUUGGGUGUCACUCCUCACACCGACUUUUCCACGCUCACCAUUCUCGUCCCCAACGAAGUUCCAGGCCUUCAGGUCCUCAAAGAUGAACGUUGGAUCGACGCCAAGUAUAUCCCCGACGCCUUGAUUGUUCACAUUGGCGACCAGAUUCAGAUAGCGAGCAAUGGCAAGUACAGGAGCGUGCUGCACAGAACGAAAGUGGACAAGGACAGAACCAGGAUGUCUUGGCCAGUGUUCUUGGAGCCGCCCGGCGACUUUGUUGUCGGACCUCUGCCCCAGCUCCUCUCUCAUGAUCACCCUCCCAUCUGCAAGCCUCGUUCCUUCAAGGACCAUCGCUUCUCUAAACUCAACAAGAUUCCCCUCCACAAUUAGAUCCUCUUCUUCUUCCUUCCUUCCUUCCUUUUCUUUCCAUUUUCCCACCCUCGCUCUUUUUCAUGCAUGUGUCUGACACAAAAGAAGCAUACUUUCAUGUCAUGUACUGAGCUUAAUCUGCAUAAUUAUAUAUUAUCUCACUUGGAAAAGGCUCUCAGAUGAGACCCAGGAGACAAACUUGACUCAUUUCUUUUCAUAAUUUCUCUCAACUGCUGGUUCUUUUUGGCUUGUCCGCUUGUGUGUUUCUGAGUGUAUGUAUUGUGAUUUGCUAUGUACUUCCAUUUGUUCAUUGGUGAUUAUAAUUUGAUCUGUGUUAUAAACUUGCGCGGAUCAGAUUUUAGUAACUGCAUGUAUGGGUUGUUACCAAGUUUGUGCACUUUCCUCCCUUGUUGGGUUUACUUCCUC